GACAAAGUAAUUACUGAAAUUGGGCAGCACUUGUUGAACAAAGGAGGGAUAUCAGCCAAAAAUCAACAGUAUGUGCGGGAGAAGAUGCGAGAAUUGGGACGGUUGAUUCACAAGGCGAGGAGAGUCACCUCGUUAAAAACGAUGGAAGAUUGUGUAAAUCCAAAGAAGUACAUGGAGACUGUCAAAGCUGUGAAGUAUACGUGUGGGUAUGACAGUGAAACAGACAAGUUCAUGAUUCCAUCGCUUGCAAAUAAGCUUGGGAAUUCCCUGGUUAAAGUGAGCAAACUCUUAAAAGCUCAGGGAUUAAUCUCAAAUGACAAACAGCUUGUUAAGAAUGCCAGUGAGUUUCUAGAAGUCCAUCAGAACAAGUGGAACGAGUUGAUCUCGGCUACAGCAUUGAGGAACAUCAGUGAAGCAAAGUGGAAUGUGCCCACUAUCAUGCCCUUUACUGAAGACGUCCAGAAAAUGCACACACAUCUCAGUGAAGUGCAAGAGAAGUGGUUCAAAACACUCUCUGGAAGUCCCUCUACUAAAACCUGGAUGGAGCUGGCAAAGGUGUGUCUAGCCCAGAUGAUUCUCUUUAACCGCCGCAGGGAAGGAGAGGUUUCGAGUAUGCCUUUGUCUGCAUUUCUUUCAAGAGACACUUCUCAUCCACAUGAGGAUGUGGACUGGGCACUUUCUGAAGUGGAAAAAAAACUCUGCAGACACUUCACAAGGGUUAUCACAAGAGGAAAGCGUGGUCGACCAGUUCCAAUUCUUCUGACUCCAAAAAUGCUAUGUGCCUUAGAACUCCUUGUUAAGCAGAGAGAGGUUUGUGGGGUUCUGAAAGACAAUCCCUAUAUGUUUGCAAGACCAGAAGCCAUGACACAUUUUCGAGGGUCAGACUGCCUCCGUGGCUUUGCUAAGGUGUGUGGCGCAAAGUGUCCCAAGUCACUGACAUCUACAAGACUGCGAAAGCAUGCCGCAACGCUUUCAACAGUGCUGAAUAUGACAGACACCGAGAUGGACCAGCUGGCAAACUUCCUUGGACACGACAUAAGAAUCCAUCGUGAGUUCUAUCGACUCCCUGAGAAGACCUUGCAACUUGCCAAGAUCAGCAAAGUUCUAAUGGCACUUGAACAAGGAAGAUUAGCUGAGUUCCAUGGCAAGAACUUGGAUGAAAUUGGGAUAGAUCCUGAUGAAAAAGUUCUUAACUCUGAUGAGGAAGACGAGAGCAUAACAGAGGGACUCUGUUCAUCUACUGUUGACGAACCAUCUUCAGAGGUGGCACUUCCUCCUACCGAGAGGAGUGACAUGCCGCCACCACCCAAGAGACGCAGACUACCAGCAGAUGAAGAGAUGCCUACAGAAGCCAGUGCUGUGAGGCCUUCUUCCAAAGGUAAAAGUACCCAGAAGACACCCUGGCAGCAGACAGAGGUGCAGGCGGUGGAAAGGCACAUGCAGCGAUUCAUCACAUCGCUCACUGUACCAGCAAAGAGCGACUGUGAAAAGUGCUUGAAAGCUGAACCAGGAGCACUGAAGAACCGUGAUUGGAAGAAUGUAAAAUUUUACAUUUAUAAUCGUAUUACAGCUUACAAAAAGAAAUUCCAGUGCAAAUAAUAAUAAUGUGAACAUCAUGGCAGGUUUUGUUCAAAGAUUUUAAAGGGUUAAAGAUGUUUUAAGGUUUACUAUCCCUUUAAAACUACAGAAACACUUGUAGGCUAUAGAAUACUUUUGUUUGCCAUAUGUUUUAUGAUGACUGUGAUGGCCACCAGUCGGAAAACAUUGAUCAAACAACAUUUCAAAUAGAGUGUCAUGUUUGCAGUACAGUAUGUUUAUGAUGACCGUGAUGACCACCAGUCGGAAAGCAUUGGUUGGACAAAGUUAAUUUAAAGUCGUAGUUUGUUUAAAUUCACAUGUAUGUGAAAGGAAGCAUGUGUGAAAGUUAUUUUAUUUUAUAUACUUUUAAUAUCAGGACCUUGUUUUUAGGUAUGACUUCAUUUUGAGUUUUGUGAAGCUGAGUUCAAUAAAAGUUGAAUUCCGCAA